AUGGUUCGAAAUAUUGAUCACAAUAAUUUUUCAACAAUUUCGGGGCUUAAAGCUCCAUCUUCAGUUGUAAACGUUGCACGAGUACCAAACGUAGGACAAGCUGCAGCAAACCAAUAUCUUUUAUGA